AUGACGCGGGCCCCACACGGUUGGGACGAUGCCGCGUGGCGGUACUUCAACGCGUACGUGGCCGUGCUCGACCGCGAGACGCGCGGCGGUCCGACGUCUCUCGACUCUGGUGGCGAGGUCGUCGUGAUGGAGCCGGACUGGCCCGGCUGGCGCGAGGUUGCGAGGUCGAGCAGCGUCAGGAACGCGUCCCCGCUGGCAGCACGCGACGCAGUGGUGGCGUGCCACUCGAUGUGGGAGAAGCACGUCGCGCCGUCGCAGGGCAGGGGCACGAAGCGCAAGGCCGGCGACCCGGGCGGCGUGGGCGCUGGCCGCGUGAGCACCGACCGCGGCGACAGCCAGGCCUCGCCGUUCCAGCUGGUCAGCCAGCUCGACUACUUCGGCACCAACCCGGAGCUCCUCGCGGCGACGCAGGCGCCGGUGCCGCAGUCCACGGGGCUCCUCUCUCAGCGGGGCCUCCAGCUGGCCACGCAGCAGGAGUGGAGUCAGGGAUUGCCUGCUGGGACACCCCCCCAGCUGGACGCGCCGCGGGAGGGGAGCGGCGCGGGGCCGGACGCGAACGAGCCAGGAGCGGACGGCGACGACCCGCUGCCGUCAGACAACCACAGGUCGAUCGUGUCUGCAGACGUGGGCAACGUCGUGCAGCUCAUGGAGGACGUGGCGCGCCUCCGGGGUCACAAGUGCGCACCCAGGUGGUCGGCCGUGGACCGGGCGCUCGCGAACAAGCCCAAGGCUUUCGCGCCCCGUGCGCCGACGCUUGCCAUGCUCUCGCAGCGGUUCAUGACGCCAGGUGAGCUCGCAGACGCGUCGCCCACGCCCGGGGGCGAUGGCGGCGGCGGUGGACUCGGCGACGCCCCUGCGCGCCCGAGGGUCGACACAGGCCCCAAGCCACCGCAUGAGGACUUCAGCAUUCCUGCGCCGCCUCCACGGUGCAACACGGCAGCCCCGGCGGCCGCUCGUCCAAACGAACGCGCCAUCGUGCAUCCACUGGCACAGUCGCCCGAACGUGCCACUCUGCCAUCGGCGGCUGCGACGCCCCCGCCGGCACACCCCUCGUCGAGCCAUCCGCCGCGCCCCACGAGGGCCGCAUCACCCGCGCCGCCCGUGGUCCCGGCCCAGGCCUCCCAGAGGCUACCCAACGGGUGGUACGACUCCGCGUGCUUCGCCGUCACCCCGGAGCAGUGGCGGCGCGCUUGCCCGGCGAAGCCCCUCGCGCCGCUGCCCGCGCGCUACCGCGGCGACGCGGAGGCGGUCGCUGCGUGGAAGCUGACGGCGCACCGCAAGUUUGGCCGCCCGAUGCACCUCCCGCCGCUGUUCGAGGGGGCCCGCGCCGACACACCCGACGCCGCGUCGCCGGCGCAGCUGGAUGCACGUGCGCAGGCCGGCGACACCCCGGCGGCCGGCACGCCGCCGGUGGCGGCCUCUGAGGACCCCGGCACCGAUGGGCCCUCCAUCCCGCCGACGCAGCUGGACCCGAUCGCCGAGGCAGACGCACAGGACGACGUGCUCGGAGAGAGCGCUCUGAUCGAUAGCGAGGAGCGGUGCAAGGUGCUGGAGGUGCUGCAGGACGCACCGGCUGGGGCGAUUGUGUCGCCGUCGGGACCUAGCGUGGACUUCUCGGAUCUCGCGGCGCGCAUGAUCGGGCCGAUGUGGGACAGCGUGCUCCUGAAGAAUGAGAAGUCGGCGGGUCCAAAGCCCAUGAUGAUCCUGAAGUGGCCCGACGGCGUCACGGUGCGCAUGUCGAGGGAGGUGCUCAUGAGGCGCAUGGAGCUGCGAUCGGACGCGUUCGAGUUCCUGCUCAGCCGCAUGUCGCAAGACUGA